AUGCCCGACAAAGAAGACCAGCCUCCUGUCGGAGAUUGUGCCGCGAGCGACGAGCAUCCAACCGCAGCAACCGCAGCAGCCCGCGAUACCGACUCGGAUACCCCUCACCUCCACGGUCCCCCCGUGCAUGCUGGUGACGAGUUCCCCGUCGCUGUCGACCGAAACGAUGCGCAACCGGAGCGGGACGACGCCUCUGAGCUCGGUUCCAUCGAUGCCAGCUUGGUAGGCUCUCUGCCGCGCCGGCCUGCCAGCCCCGUCGGCUCGGUCGGUUCCGGCCCUGCCGAAUCGCUCCAGGACUCGUACGUGUCUUCUCCGGGGAGCAGCGUCUUGCCCUCGGUAGCUUCGCGACCUGGCUUGAACAGCCCGCUGCCUUCGUUCAGGCCCUUUGACCGACGAUUCCAAUCCCGCAUCUCCUCCCCCUCCUCCUCCAACACGCCUCGAGCAGCCUCGCCUGCCUUUCCAUCAGGCCAUGGUCGAAACCUCUCCCUCGGCUCCGGCUUUCUCCACGACCCCAGCGAAACGGAUACGCCCUCACCGCCGUGGGAGGUCGUGCGCUGGACGAGAUUGACAAAGCUGAACGGCCAGGCAUUCUCCGAGGCUGGGCGUCGCAACUUUGGUUCCCCGACAUGUUUAGCUGUGUCUGCGUCGAUUGUUUUGGGCACUUCCAAAGGCAUAAUCUUAAUGUUUGAUUUUAACCAGAACUUGAAGCUAAUCAUUGGCACCGGAACAAAGGCCGUUGAAUCCGGCCCCGUCACCGCAAUUGCCAUAUCCGCUGACCAAAGUACUAUCGCCGGGGGUUACGCGAACGGGAGCAUAUUCACCUUCGAUACAAGCAGACCUUCACGUCCCUUCCUCUCCAUUCCGCACCUGGGCUCGGCCCAGGUUGAGUUUCGAACCGCAGACGGACAUGUGCCCCACGCAGCUGUGGUUCAUGUCGGUUUUCUCGGUACCCGGAACACAGCACUCGUUUCGGCCGAUGACCGAGGCAUGGCCUUUUCGCAUCUGGCGACUCGUGGCACUGGUGCUUUGGGACGAACCGUAAAGACGAGCAGAAUCCUGGGCCGCUACCCAAGCGCGCCGCCAGCUCCUGUUGGGAAACCCAUCAAGCCCAGCACGGUGCUUGCUUUUGCGCCGCUGCCCCUGGGAAAUGUCGAGAAAGCCACGGACGCGAUGGGGCUGACUGCCAUGUUGACGCCGUACCUGCUGGUCAUCGUCUCUACUACCCCCAUAGCGCAAACGCAGCACAAGUCAGCCAGGCCAAAGGACGUUGCUGCGCACAGCGCAAUGACGGGCUGCCUCGCCUGGUUCCCCGCAGUCAAGCUGAAAAUCCCGGACGCGCAUACCCGCAGCGACGAUUCAAAGGUGAAACUCGCCUACUGCUGGUCAAACGUGUUGACCGUGCUCGACGUCGACCAGGUAUCCGGAGACGAUCAAGACCAACCGCAGGCCCUCAAGUUCAAGGCUCGCAGCAGAUGGAAGUGCGAAGAAGCCAUAACUUGCCUCCAGUGGCUCAGUCGAUCCGUCUUGGCCGUGCUCACCAUCUCUCAACGACUCGUCGUCCUGGAAGACGGAAGCAUGCGCAAGACGGAAGCGUUCGAUCUGCUGCCGAAACAUGUGUACCAUGCUGAUUUCUUCUCAAAACAGCUCCAUUCCCUUGUGGAGCAGCUUGAUGAGGAGGAUACCUCCUUGCAUGGCGUCGUCGCUGACGCCUUCUACAUGAGCUUCAAGACAUACAAGGGCAGAAUAUUCCUGCUCGGGUUCAACCACGUGUCGAUCGGGUCCCUUUCCAACUGGGCGGACCGUCUCAUCGCGUUGAUGGAGGUUGGGGACUACGUCGGCGCCAUACGGCUGGCAACCUCUUACUAUUCUGGCGACGCGGAUAAGCUUACAGUUGGUUUACCCGAAGACGCUGAACUGCGCCAUGCCCUGGUGCGAGACAAGAUCACGGAAAUCAUGUCGGCCUCCCUGAGAUAUGUCUUUGCUCGGAGGGAGACGCGAAAAGACGGCAGUGACGCAGCUCACCUGAGAGACUUGGCGGAAACCUGCUUUGCCGCCUGCAGAGCAAUCGGAGACCCCGAUUUUCUUUUCGACGACAUGUACGAGCGGUACAGCGAGGCUGAAGCUGGCGGCACCUUCUUGGAAGCGCUCGAGCCAUACAUUCUCCAAGAGACCAUUACGGUUGUCCCGCCCGUCGUGGUGAAGCAUCUCGUAAACCACUACGUCUGGAAAGGCUGGGAGGGCCGCCUGGAGGAGAUGAUAUGCCACAUGCAAACGACGACACUGGACCUGGACCAAGUCACCCUCCUGUGCAAGCAACACAACCUGUACGACGCCUUGACGUAUAUCUGGAACCAAGCGCUUGGCGACUACAUCACGCCCCUCAUCGACCUCUUGAGCCUUCUGAUACCCCUCGUGGCCAACGGAACCCAGCCUGGCGACCCGCACGACAGCUACUUCAGCGUAAAUGCUCUGAAGAUUUUCCCGUAUCUGUCGUAUACCCUGACGGGGAGGAUCUAUCCCAAUGGGGAGUUGAUGGAGGAAGAAGCAUCCGCGAAAGCCAAGGCGGAGCUGUACUGGUUUCUCUUCUCUGGCAAGACGGUGGAAUGGCCAAAGGGCAGCGAAAAGGAGUUUCUCACGCAGCCCGGUCAGGAUUCGGAGCCUGCUUUUCCUUAUCUGCGGAUGAUUCUCAGGUUUGACGCUCCCAGCCUCCUCAGUGCUCUUAACGAGGCGUUUGAGGAUUCGUUUCUCAACGAUUCUUCUUCUUCGGGCACUCAUGCUAACGGCACUUCACGCGUGGACUUGCCGGAGGAGCAAAUAUUCGGCAUGACGAUCAAUCGUCAGUACGUCGUUUCUAUCCUGCUCGACGUGAUGAACCUUGGCGAAUUCGCCGCGGAGGAUGUCAUCUACCUCAACAUGUUCAUCGCGCGGAAUCUCGCAAAGUUCCCGCAGUACCUGUUGCUUUCUGGAUCAACGCUUUCCAAAGUCUUGACAGGUCUUUGCAACUACCCGGGAGGCGGCGACCUUGCCGAUGACGCGCAACUCAGCGCCGAGUAUCUGCUGUCCGUAUACCACCCAUCGGACAUGCCGUCAUUCAUCCCACUGCUGCAAAAGGCCGGCUUCUACCGAAUCCUCAAGCGAGUCUUCCGCCAAGAGCUGCAGUACGGCAAGCUCAUCGCGACGUAUUUCGAAGACCCCGAGGAUCAAGAGUCCGUGUACGAUUGCAUCGCCGAGUGUCUCGGUCCGCAAAAGGGGCUCGACUCUCGGCAGCUGCGAGAAGUGCAGCGGGCCGUCGAGGAGCACGCGCGGGAUCUGCUCGAGCUCGACGCCGAGAAAACAGCCAGCACGCUUUCUCGGCAGCAAACCGUGGCACACGGAUGCGUGAUUGAAUCCGCAGCCGACGACCCGGCACUUCAGCACGCAUACCUAAAGGCCCUGAUCGAACCAAGCGCAGAGAACGCGACCGGCGAGGCCUCGGUUGAUGACGGGUUGGUGGAACAGUACAUUCGGCUCAUGUGCAGAUUCGAUCCUUUGCACGUGUCCGACUUCAUAGGCGGCUUGCCAGUCGCGGACCUACGGCUCGGCGAACUGCUCCCCACGAUGGAGGAGACGGGCGUCGUGGACGCGGCGGUCAUGCUCAUGGCUCGGGACGGCCAGGUCAGCCAAGCCAUGGACAGAUUGAUGAAGCACCUUUGGACUCUCGAGUCUGCGCUCCAGGGUGUUCUAUCCGAGAGCCGCGAGGACUCCCAGCACGCGGACCUUGAUUCAGCCGUGGUGCGGAUUCUGCAGGAUCUUCAGAAGUAUGUCCACGUGGGCAUUUGGCUGUGCCAGGGCCAAACGAAAAGGACACUGAGGAAAUCCACCACGGUCAAGAAGGGCAAAACAGCGGCACAGGACGGUCUGUCGGCGGACGAGGCCCUGUGGCUGAAGCUGAUGGAAGCGUGCGUGAGGGCAACGAAGCUCCUGUCACCCGCCAUCCAACAGCACGCCGAGGCGUCGGCGGAGCAGGGAGACCAGGCGCUGACGCUGCACCGCUCGCUCGUCCAGCACACAUUCACGGCGCUUCUCGCCACCACGUCCGGCCAGGCCCGAGCGCCGGGCGGCUCCGGCGCGCCGCCCAACGCAGCAGCAAGCAACCUGUCCUUCCUGAGGAUCCUCCGGGCGUUUCUGGCCAACGCGGCUGCGUCGUCGCCCAACCUGUCGGACCUGCGCGCGGUCCUGGCCUCCAUCUUCGCAGCCUACGCCUACGAGGAGUCGAUCCUGAGGCUGUCGAACCGUCUGCUGGAGAGGAGCCUCUUUGUCGGCGUCAACCAGUCCGUGCAGCUCAGGCUGCGGGGCUGGAGGCCGCGGGGGUCGACCUGCGAGGGGUGCGGUCGCCGAGUCUGGGGCCCCGGCGUGGCCGGCGGCGCCGUCUUUGAGGCCUGGCAGGACAGGCAGGCGUUGGAGGAGUCCGCGCGCAAGGAGAGGAGUCUCCGUCUCGCGGGGAGCAUGGCGAGAGGCACGGCCGGCGAGUCCGACAGCAAGAGCAAGGGGAAGAGCCUGGACGUCGGGCCGUCCCGCAGCGCGCCCGCCGAGCCGGAUGCCAGGGAGGCGGGGGGCAGCGCGCCUCUCGGGCCGCUUGUCGUGCUGGCCUGCCGGCACAUCUAUCACCAGAGCUGCCUGGACGCGUUGCAAGAUCAGCAUGGCAACGGGGCUGUGGCGCGGGAGCGCGAGUACAGGUGUCCGAUUGACGGGUGA